UUGACUAAAAUUCAGCAACUUGGUAAAAUCUGGAAUACCCGUCCUUGACCCUUGUAGAAAUGGCUCUCCCGAGAAUAGGCCAUUAAUAUGUCUUCCUGCAGCCUCACAAUGGGUCGGGAUCUUCCUUGCGAUGUGGAUCCGUGGUCUCCCACCUGCUGGCAACUAGUGACAACCAGAGAUUUUGGCUUCUGGCUAUGCUCUUUAUCUUCACGAGUCAAGCUGCUGCUCUCCCCGAGCAUAACUCCGAUAUGGUGAAUCCAGUGGCUGCGGCAGCUAAUGCACCUGCCUACCAAGAGCAUCGGCUACUGUUCACGAUUGUCAUGUCCACUGCCAGGGCCGUACUCGGGCGCUUCACACCGCGGUUGGUCAAAGCAAAGACUCUUGGAAGCGGGAUCUGGAGAGUUUCUCGACGAUACCGCCUCCACAUCAUGACCCGUUCUCUGGCUUUCCAUUCUAUGGUCCUUGCCAGUGUGGCUGGCCGUGAUGAUCGACAGAAGGAGGGACAUACAACGGCUUCGUCUAGUUUCCAUGUAGACCUGGCAGGCCGCCGUAUUGAUCGCAUGCCUCCUGAGAAAUGCCGAAGGAGUGAUUACAAGCAAUCAGCAAGACCUUCAAGUCAGCUCGUAUAUGAACAUAAUGCUGGAAAGAUACUGAUGGUAGCUUUAUCGAAUUUCCGAGUCCCUCCAUGCAUCCUCGUUGCUGUCAGCAUUGUCAGUCUUCUCGUUCGCGGUGACCGCUAUGAAGAAUCCCGAGGCGAUUCCACAGGUUUGCCGCCCACUGAAGCCAGUCUUGGACCUGGAAUCAAACUUGGCGUUGUCUAG